AUGGAGGAUUCAGUUUUAAUUUUGAAAAGCUGGCACAAAGCCUUGGUACUUAUCCUAAUCAUUAGUUCCAUUGUCUACUAUUAUGUCCUUGAGUUUAAACCUUUAAAGCUCAAAUACCCCUCCCCGAAAAAAGCUUCAAGACUGGCAAUACGUUUGAGUCAAUCAGACGCAAUCAGAGAGCCUGGAAUUAUGUUUGUACGGACCUCCAAUGAUCUAGCACUUUCCCCGUUGGCCAUGUGCAGCAUUGAAUCAGCAGCUAGACAAAACCGAAACAAAACAGUUUAUUACCUCGUGAGUGGUUUCAAUGCGAAUAUAUCUGCGUAUCGAGAACCGGAGUACAAAGCCAUUUCUUUGCUUUCUUCAUUCAAGAAUGUCAUCAUCUUGCCCUUGAAUCCUCAAGAAUUGUUCAACAACACGCCCUUGGCUGGAUGGUAUGAGAAGGUGGAUCCCAAUCUGGAACGUUAUUGGUUCCAUGUGCUCUCUGAUGGUUGCCGGAUAGCCUUGCUGUGGAAGUACGGAGGCAUCUAUCUGGACACUGAUAUCAUUUCAAUCAAGCCGUUGGAGUUCCAGAACUUCAUUUGUGCACAAUCAAGUAAUUAUGCAAAUGGUGCAGCUUUGGGAUUUAACCGCGCUCAUUCCUUCAUCAGGAGGUGCUUAAAGGAUUAUGUUGCGAAUUAUAAUGGAGCAGCUUGGGGUCGGCAGGGUCCAGAUCUGAUGACCCGAAUGUUGAAGAAAUGGUGUGAGACUGAUAAUCUGGAUAACUUUCUGAAUAGACAAUGCAAAGGGAUCCUGUACCUGUCCAGCAACUGGUUUUACCCUAUUCCAUACACCAAUUGGAAAAGGUACUUUGAACCAGAUACAUGGGAAGGGAACAGUAAAGAAAUUGAACAUAAAUUCUCAAAUACACGAGGGGUACACGUCUGGAAUUUUUUAAGUCAUCAUCAGAAUAAUCACAUCAAAGGAAGUCGAUCACUCAUGGAGUAUUUCUUUAGUGAAUAUUGUCCAAGAACAUACAAUUUUCUCCCAGAUUGA